AGAUGAUUUCAUCCAUUGGGAUCCAUACAACUUCUGUCUUUCAAAAUACAUUACUCUUCCUACUAAACUUGUGUGGCUGCCAGAUCUAACUAUUGAAGAGAUGACAGAGAAGGAUAAGGCCACUCAGAGUCCAUAUCUCAGCAUUGCUUAUAAUGGGAAAGUCACUCUUAGGAAUGACAUGGUGCUUGUAACCACCUGCAAGAUGGAUGUCUACAAAUUCCCCUUCGACAUUCAAAGCUGCAACCUCUCCUUCAAGUCUAUCAUACACAACGUAAUGCAAAUUCAGCUUUUAGAGUGGACUGACUCUAAUCAUACAACAGAAUGGUCCAAAGAAAUUAUAAAAACACAGUCGGACUGGGAGUUCAUGACCAUUACUGCAACCAACAAAACUGUCGACAAUUUUGGCAUCUAUCAAAGCAUGAUGGUUUACACUAUCACAAUGAAGAGGCGUUCUGUCCUUUACAUUGUCAACUUCAUCCUGCCUGUCCUGUUGUUCUUGUGUCUGGAUUUGGCCUCCUUCAUGAUCUCAGAGAAUGGGGGCGAGAAGCUCAGCUUCAAGGUCACUGUGCUGCUUGCUGUUACAGUGAUGCAGCUCAUUCUGAACGAAAUUCUGCCAUCCUCUUCAAACAGGAUUCCACUUAUAGCAAUGUACUGCAUUACAAUAUUUGGUUUGAUGAUGCUGAGUCUCCUGGAGACCAUUUUGGUGAUGUACCUCAUCGAGAAAGACUCUGCAUCCCAGAAUGAUUGGACAGAUAAAGAACAAAGCCUGAGUGAGGACUGUAAGGACAAACGAGGGAAAAAUAAAUUCUAUACAUUUUUCAAAGACUUCAAGAAACGGACAAACUUGACGUCUGCCUGUGCUGGAUCUUCUGGGGAAAGGCCUUCUGAAAUGCUUCCAGUGUCUAAAGAGACUAGCAGCAGCCAGUUGACUGAGGAGUCCAAUGCCUCUGAAAGGGAGAUGUUGCAAGAGUUGUCUCCGCCCCUAAGCAGCAGGAAGGAAGAAGGAAAGGCAGGCCGCUGGACGAGAAGGGCCAAAACAGUCAACAAAGUUUUUUUUAUUUUUUACAUCACUACUGCCAGUCUGUUUUUAGUAUUUAUGUUUCACAGUUGGAUUGAAUAAGCAGAGGAGGUCAAUCCAACAUAGGAAUAUUUUUGGUGAGUAGUGUUGGGCGGUUGUUUGAGUUUGAAUCACCAUUAAUGCGUCCUACAAUUAUAAAAACAAGAUAAUCAAGAUAAAAGAUUACUGUGCAGCAUGCACAUUUUGUCCAUAGGUUUUGUCCUGUGUGGUAAAUGGAGCGCAUUCUCAGUUGCUUCACAGCAAUGUGUGCUCUGCCCCUCUCCCCAAAAAAGCUCUCACUUUUAUUAAGGGGCACACUCACACUAGGCCCAGUUGUCCCGUACUGUGCUUAAGCACGAUUGCCCCCCCUCCCUCCCCAUUCCCCCGCUGGCCUGCACUCACACUGCUCCAGUACUAACCGAGCCUGAGCACAGAUACCUCUUGUAGCCUGCAUAACGUUUUAAUACA